CCUCUGGUUCAAUCAACUGUUGAAUUUUGUUGUGAUAUUGAGAAGGUCGACUGCUGAUGGAAAGGGAAAUGUAAUUUUCUGUUCAGAUAGUUUUCAUCUGAAAAACGUCGCAACUUAUUUUAAAACAUUCGAUUUGAUGACAAACAUUACCUGGUAAAAUAGUUGACAUUUUAAUGGGAAAAUGUCUGAAAUGGAAAAAUUUACCAUGAAGUUUCCAUGAGAACCAUCAUACACAUUUAUAUCGACCAUAUUGUGUUUCGAUUACAAAUUCAAAAACUGUACGCAACUCAUCUGCGCUUCGGAGAGAAGUUGUAGAGUCAGCUCUACAACUCAAUGAAAGUAGAAAAUUUGUAUUCAUUCCGAGUCGAUACUGGAAAGUGUUGUGGAAAAGCGAACGAAAACAAAACGUACAAAAUAAACAGUCUGCGACGUAGUUUCUUUUACGUUUGAACUUUUUUUUAAUGGAAACUUUUUCUGAAUCCAACCAAAUUAAUUACCAGAAAUAAGUCCAACCAUUCAAUUUGUUAUUUUGUAGAAAAUAGUUGGAAAGUCUAACAUUUUUUAUAACCAGUUUACCAAAAUCAAUUUUCUACCGAAAAGUGAAAAAAAAGAAGAAGAAAAGACUCUAGCGAACGUAUAGUUUUACGGUCAUCGCAUUAUAUUAGCCAACGAGGAAUGAAAUCAUAACAUAAUUAUAAUUGUGUGUCAUUUUCCUUGCAAGUCUAACCACAUACACAUUUUAAUAAAUCGAUAACAGUUAAUUCUACGUCGCUGAAGUGACCUGGUGUAACCCAAGUAUUGUGCUAUCCCUAACUUUCAUCAUACACGUAAAAUGUUCGUGCAAGCUUUCUGCUAUGUUUUAUUUAUGAAUUUUGAACGAUAAAAAUAUGUGGAUACGAUAGAUCAAACGAAGAGGUCACAAUGUCACAUAUAAUAAUGAUUGACGAGCCGAACGGAAACAAUUUACUGAUGCCGAAACAUCCAAAUGGCCUAGCAUCAUCAUUUUCCAAUGAUGAUAUGAGUCAAAGUCAAAGUCAAUCGAUUUCCGAAUACACCGAUGCCAACGAAAGUAUGUCAUGUCCAACUGAGUUUUUGGCCGAGUUUCUGUCUGCUGUUAUGCUGAAGGAUUAUAAAAAAGCUUUGAAAUAUUGUAAAUUGAUACUAGAGUUUGAGCCGAAUAACAUCACAGCAAAAGAGUUUUAUCCGCUGAUUCAGGAGAAGCUAAAAUAUACGACAACCAGCUCUACAACUGAUAACCUCAACCAAGCGUCGUCACACGACCUUGGCGAACCAGAAGAGUCUGAGGCAAGUCACGAUUCGUCAAGCGACCAAUCCGACACUGACUAUUCGAGUGAAAGUGACGACGACAAAGAGCCAAACGAUGGUGGCGAGUACAUGCCGAACCAUUCAAACACAUCAUCGAAUUGUACGAGUGGCAGCGAGAAUACGACCCAUUCAUAUCCGAGUUCGUUAUUGGAGGAAGAAGACGAUUUGCAUUUGGUGCCGAAUUUGGAGAAAUUAAAUUUGUCGCCGAGUUUGAGUGAUCUGAACAAUGGUAAUUACGAGAAAGCUUCAACAAGCGAGUCUGAAUCGCCUACGGAACCGCUUACACAGCAUAUUGCAGCAAAUAUCGGCUAAAAAUGAAACUAUUUUUCUUUACUUAAGUAAAAUAGGUAGCGUCUAGGCCAAAGAAAACCUAUAUUUUGCAUAACAAUCUUUCUGUAUUUUUUUAAACCAUUUUUCGAAUCAGAAAAGUUUUUUAUGAAAAUUUUUUGCAAAUAACUUUGCAAAAAUUAAUUCAAUCAAAGCGCCUCACAUCUAGCAGAAAACAACAAAUUACGAUGUCAUCACUCAGGGUUCUCAGAAUGCAUCCAUUUUUUUGCGUAGCUGCAGCAGCUACAUUUUUGUGAAUCGAAUCUGUUUCUCGCAGGUACUUACCAAGUGUUCGAGAAAUUCUACUCCUCGAUAGCUUUACCAUGGUCAUGGUUUACAUAACAAGUAAGAAUAUUCGUUGUACUCAACUGACUCAACUUCAAGAUUUCCCAGAAAUGCUCGCACGUACACAGAUUAGAUAAGUAAAUGUGAUUACGAGAAGUGAAAAAUAACGAACUGAACGAAUCUUAUCGGAUUUCUUGCAUUUCUACAUUAAACUGUCGUCGCUAUAAAGUCGAUUUUUCUGUGAACUCCUAACUAUUUAGUCUUGAGUCUGUACUCUGCACGUCUUGGUCUGAGUCUGCUAUACCCACUUAUUUCACUAAUUUUCAAUCAUAGGCACUACAUAUUGCAUACACACAUAAACAAAGCGUCAAAUCAAAUCGAUUAAAGGUGUGUGCUCUUGGAAGCUUUAAAACAAAUUGAAGUUCCAAUUCACCAUCAUCGUUGAGAUCACGAAAUCUUUUCUAAAAUGCUUUGCAUUAACACAGUUGGUAGCUUAUGAUGAAUGUAUAUUGCAUAAAUAUUAUGAUUUAACUUUCAACCAACGAAAAUGAACUGAAAGAAUUACUUUGAUUCUUACGUAUAUAGAUCGAGAGACCGUAGAUGAGAAUUAUAUCUAGACAUAAUUUGUAUAAAAUGAUGUAGAAACCAACAUUCAUCGUCAUGACAUGAACAGCAAAAUGAAUGUUUAACAAAAGAGGAAUUUGUUUUUCCUUAUAAAAUAUGAAAUUUGUACUUUUAACACGAAAUAUGAAAAUCAGCGACACAAAUCCGGGGAAUUGAAAAUCAAGACUUUUUAAAUAUGGAACUCAUACGGUUAAAUGCUCUAUCUGGUAUAAUCCGGCGGCAAUGGCGGCCAAAAGUACAAAAACAGAAGAUAAACAAACAAAAAAAAGGAAAAUAUUUUACUCAACUUUUUCUAGUCAAUAGCAAAGUGAAUGUAAUGAAAGUAUAAAUUUAAUAAAAUAUAAAAAUUGGUGUAUUUAACUUUCGAUAAAUAAAAUAAAAUAAAAC